AUGGCGACGAAUGGCGCAGGAGACAAGGAAUACUUCGAGCAGCAGCGCCAAUUGCUCAUCAACGACGUGGCAGCCAGCCUCGAAAACGUCCUUCAGAACAUCAACAAGCUGAACCGAAGUCUUGAGGGCGUAAUAGCGGUCGGCAACGAGUUCGGACAAGUCGAAGGCUUGUGGUCGCAAAUCGAGAACAUCAUGGCAAAAGAGCCAGAAAAGGAGGAGAACAAGGACGCGAAGGAGGGCGCAGCUGAGGGACAGUGA